AUGAUAAAGUUAAAGUGUAUUGGCUUAGAUAUACUGAAUCCCGGGUGCAAUCCAAUCCUUGAACACUUUUACAUUAGCUUUGAGGCACAAGGUUAUGGUUUUGUUAAUGGUUGUAGGUGCUUUAUUGGUAUUGAUGCUUGUUUUCUGAAGGGCCCCUUUAAAGGACAAUUACUUGUUGUCGUUUCACUUGACGCAAAUUCAGGUAUUUUUCCUUUAGCAGUCAUGAUUGCUAAUAGGGAAGACGGGCUGACAUGGGAGUAUUUUCUUGAUUGCUUGUCCAAUUCUGUUGGAGCUAUUGGAGGCAUCACAUUUAUGAGUGACAGGCAAAAAGGGCUCAAGAAUGCCGUGAAAAAAGUUUUUCCUAUGGAAAAUCAUAGAUUUUGUGCAAGACACCUUUAUAACAAUUUUAAGGUAAAAAAUCCUGGUCCAAAGUUAAAACAACUUUUUUGGGCAGCAGUUAAGGCCUAUAAUGAGCAAGACUUUUUGCAAGUUAUGGAUGAGAUGAAAGAAAUAAGCAGAUCUGCUUAUAAUUGGCUUUUGUAUGACGGCAAAGAACCACUUGGGAGUUGGGAAAGAUAUAAAUUUGAUGAACAUGUAAGAAACGAUCAUGUGACGAAUAACAUGACCGAGUCUUUCAAUGCUUUUGUGGUGAAAGUUAGAGAAAACCCAGUUCUUACUUUGUUGGAAUGGAUUAGAAGGAAAACUAUGACUAGAUUUCAACAAAGAUAUGAAAAAGCCGUUGCUCUAGCAACUCCAAUUCCAUCAAAAGCGAGAGAAAGAAUUAAUCGAAAUCAGAAGGAGGGGAAAAAGCUGCUUUGUUUCAGAGGUAGUGAUCACUUGUUUGAAGUAAAUGACUCAAAAAACUAUGUGGUGAAUUUACAGGAAAUGUCUUGUCAAUGUAGAGAAUGGCCAAUUAGUGGAGUGCUGUGCAAACAUGCACUAUGUUGCAUGACUCAUAUUAGAGAUGAUCCUACCAGAUUUGUUCAUCCUCUACUCACUAGAGAUUUUUAUGUGAAGACUUAUUCUAAGACAAUCAAUCCGGUUCCAGAUGAGAGCAAAUGGCCAGCUGUAGAUCACCCUGUUGGGUGUCCUCGUGAAGAUAUAGAGAAGCAGAGAGGAACAGCAUAUGAUUUUGAGAAUUUGAAACACUUAAUGUUUGAGAUUGGGAAUGUCCGAGACAGCUUAAGGUUAAUGCCGGACUUCCAAAGGAGGGAAAUGGCUGCAAAUUUGGCAAUGAAAAUGGCUGCCAUGUUUGGUGAUAGCAGUGGAGAUGAAGGAGGAUUUGAUUGA